CCUUUCGACUUGAUUUGCAUAUUCCACUGUACCGUGACACUAAGGUUCUCGGCUAUAGAAGACAAUGAGCAGAAAACGGGUAAGAAGAAUUUUGGUGGUUUUAGCCCUUGUGCUGACAUCUUGUGUAUCUUUUCAGCUGGGACUUGUAUGGAACUCACGUUCCUACUUUUCAGACACCGUUGGCGAAGAACUGCGUGAAGAACUAAAUGACGAAGGACGGUUGCAGGAGAUUGUAUUUCGAGAAUUGAAAAUUGAUCCUUUGAACUCAACUGUGAAGUCUUCAAGCUUCACAACAACUUCUCUUUCGCCGCAAAUUAGUCACAAAACAUUUCUUAUAACCAGGAGGACUUGUAUGCAACAUUACGAUCUUCUUAUGAUUAUCUCAUCCUCACCAGGUAAUUCCAAAAGAAGGAAAAACAUUCGUAAGACAUGGGCAUUCGAAAGAUCCGCAAAACCAAGAUGGACGUCUGUUUUUCUGGUCGCUCAAACACGGGAUGAAGCAGUUUCAAACGUUUUGCUUGACGAAGAUGAAGCUCAUAAAGACCUUGUGCGAGCUAGCUAUUAUGACCACUACUGGAAUCAAACCCGAAAGAUAAAAAUGGGCUUCGAAUGGGCAGUAACGUAUUGCAAUUUCUCGUUUCUUUUGAAGGUAGAUGACGACGUUUUCGUGCACGUUCCGAGAGUUCUCUCUUUCUUAAGCGCACCCACCACACCGAAGAAGAUGUUUUAUGCUGGAAAUCACUACAAAAAUCCUGUUCCUUUUCGUGGAGGAAAAUGGAAGGUAAAUUACGAGGAAUAUAACAAGACAAGAUAUCCAGAUUUUUGCCCCGGUUUUGGAUACGUUUUAUCUCACGAUGUUGUACGUGCAUUUGUUGAAACUUUCUCUUCUUUGCCGUUCUUCAGACUCGACGAUGUUUACGUUGGCAUGCUGGCGAGUAAGAACGGAAUAAAUAUCACCAACAAUGUGGGUUUUGAACUAUGGCAUCCACCCCAAUAUGUAUGUGUUCCAACAAAGGAUACUUUAGUCAGGCAUGAUGUAGGGGAAGAGUGCCAAAUGAAAAUGUUUAAUUUAGCCAUUUUCCCUCAGUAGCUCAAUGGCGUGGUCAGUACAUACGUAUAUUAUUGAAUUCUUCAGUGAGUAAUGUUUUCCUGUUAAAUAUCCUUUAGUGUUAUUAUAAUGCUAUUUAUAGCUAUUUUCGUUUUCAAUGUGCUUUGCUCGAAGAGUCAGAAACAGUGAAUGUGAUGUAAGACUUAGCUCUUAUCUACCUGAGAGCAAUUACUAGAAGACUUUCUAUUCUUUGAUCCAGAUACAUACAGACUUAAGAAGCGAGAGACAUAGAACAAUUUAUUUCAGAUAUAAUGAACUUUUCUAUCGGGUUUUCAAGCAAUCUUAAAAAACAUUGACUCAUACAUGUAACCAAAGAUUACUCAACGGAACUAUUCCGUUUCACUGUAAAAUAGAAAUUUUCACGCUGCUACAGAGGUCAAAUAAUCUCUAGGCUUUUUACUUUACUUUUGCCGAUUGGAACAGAGUUCUAAUCAUUAUGCUCUGUAAUGCUGACUAAAAACCUAGUUAUGAUGUAAAAAGAUGUUGGUUAGAGUAUUUAUGUUGUUACAUAUUGUUAGAUUAGAAUUCAUAAACUCAUAUCAAUUCAAUUCAAUUUUAUGAUACUGUUACUAUUUACAGCUUAACAUCUACUGCUCGCAGAUAGCAACAGCAAGUUAAGGCGAGCAGCAGUUUCACGCAUACUAAUAAAAACUUUACAGUAAUAAAUUAAAGAAAAGAAUAAAUAUACACUCGAUAGUUAUGCUGAUUAAUAACCUGGAUAUGAUAUAAGAUGUUGGUUAGAUUAUUCCUGUUGUUACUUAUUGUCACCUUAGAAUUCAUAAACCCAUAUCCUGCAUGAGUUUCCAAUGAUCAAUUCAAUUUACAAACCUGCUUAUGACAUUAAAACGUUGAAUGGACUCGUGCCUGCACUCCCAAACAGAGAACGUCUCAGUGUCUUCACUUUAAGGAAGAAAUGCCUCACUCGUACAUGUACAUUAUGUAAAAUUAGCAUUAGGGCCAACGGCCAUGAGGCAGUAUAGCGUUGAUGCUCUACAUCAGUCUAAAACAAAGAUUCGAUAUUGUUAUUAAAAAAGCAGAGCAGAAGAUGCUGCCUUCUUCACAGACAAGUUUAAGACCUU